UUGGACAAGAGCCUUGCGAAUCGGGCCGCUUUCUCGCCGGCGGCGUUCUUCGACGAGCAGUUCGGCGUCACGGCGCGGGAUCUGGACCAGGUCCUGGGCCGGGCGAUGGCCCGGCAGGCCGACUACGCCGACCUCUUUUUCGAGUACCGGACCCACGAGCAGGUCCGUCUCGAAGAGGGUCUGGUCAAGCAUGCGUCGGUCUCCACCGCCAACGGUGUCGGCGCGCGGGUGCUGGCCGAAGACAAGACCGGAUACGCCUUCACCGAUGACGUGACCAUCCAGAACCUCGAUUCGGCGGUGAGGACGGCCAACGUCAUCGCCCACGACCGGGGUACGGAUUCACCGGCGCGUAUUCCCGUCCCCGCCGCCCCGCGGCACGACCUCUAUCCGGUGCCCCGCUCCUUCUCGGAGGUGCCCCUGGAGCGCAAGAUCGGUCUGUUGGAGGACCUGGACCGGUUUGCCCGAAAGGCCGAUCCCCGGGUGAAGGGGGUGUUCGCCUCGCUGUCGCUGGAGAACAAGGUCAUCCUCAUUGCCUCCUCUCAGGGUUGGGUGCUGGGGGACCUUCAGCCCUGGGCGGUGGCGACCCCGCGGGCACCAUGGACGUGGUCACUCGGGCCCGGCUGGCCCGGCAUCCUGCUUCAUGAGGCCAUCGGACACGGGCUGGAGGCGGACUUCAACCGCCGCAAGACCUCGGCCUUCUCGGGGCGCAUCGGCGAGCGCGUGGCCACCGAGCUCUGCACGGUGGUGGACGACGGCACCAUCCCCCGGCGGCGAGGCUCUCUCAACGUGGAUGACGAGGGCACGCCGACCCAGCGCACGGUGCUGAUCGAAGACGGCAUUCUCCGAGGCUACAUGCACGACCGGUUGAAUGCCUCCCUGCUGGGCAUGGAGCUCACCGCAACGGCCGCCGCGAGAGCUACGCCCAUGUGA